AAACAAUAGGUGUGUUCUCCUCGUACACAGGGAAAGACUACAAGUAUCACCGGAAGUGUUGGUGCUUCGGAUACUGUUUUUGAAUAGGAUACCUCUGGUCUUGACAAGAUGUCUACAACGAUUGCUACGACAAGCACGAUUUUCCACUACAUUCCCAACUACAUUGGGUAUCUGAGAGUGAUCACGGCCAUUGUGUCGUUUCAACUCAUGAAGAGCCACCCGUUAUACUGCAUCACCAGUUACUCGGUAUCUUGUCUCUUGGACGCGCUCGAUGGGCAUGCGGCCCGCCACUUCCAUCAGACCAGUCGAUUUGGUGCGGUUUUGGAUAUGGUUACGGAUAGAUGUACAACCAGUUCCUUGAUCUGCUUCCUUUGCGUAUUGUACCCUCAAUAUGUCUUCAUCUUCCAACUGCUGGUGUCCCUAGAUUUGGCAUCUCAUUACAUGCACAUGUAUGCCACUCUACAGACCGGUGGUACUUCUCACAAGAGCAUCGACAAGGAGAGCAACUGGCUGUUGAGAUUGUACUACACAGAUAGAAACGUUCUCUUCACGAUGUGCUUCUUCAACGAGUUGUUCUACGUGGCGCUGUACCUUGCAUACUUCCCAAUUUGGGACGUUACCGUCUUUGGCAAGACUUUUUCUGUCUUCUCCGUCGGUGCAAUCAUCUCUUUGCCCUUUUAUCUCUUCAAGCAGUUGACUAAUGUUAUCCAACUAGUCAGAGCUUCUGUUCUCUUAGCCGAAUUGGACGUUGCUGACUUGAAGAAGAGCAAUAAGAGUAAUUAGCUUCAAAUACAACACUUCUUAGAGUCUUCAUAG